GUAAUAAGCUACUGGGCUUGAGAUAAGCGUUGCAAAUUCGAGAUACCAAUUCAUACCGUGUUACGUCUCCUUUAGACCCUUCAUUUCUAUCCUACCCCGUUUGCAUCCGUGGAUCUCUACCAGCCAUGGCCGAAGACGAGGAACCUCCUAUUCUCACCGCUGUCUCCAACUCGGCGAGGCAGCUCUAUCUGCUACUGCGCUGUAUAAACUUCUCGGAAAAGGCACACGUAGUGAUUACAGAAGAGGGUAUCAAAUUUUCAGUCGAGGAGGCCAGCUCAAUGGAAGGAUCCGCCUUCCUAGACAAAUCCCUCUUCACGACGUAUAUCUAUCGCGCCCCACCACGACAAGAACAGCCGGAACAAGACAACUCCGACACGGAGUCAGACACAGACCUCAACACAACACCGUCCUUCCAAAUCUCCCUCCCCUCUCUCCUCGAAACCCUCCAAAUCCUAGGCCUCACCGACCCAAACAACAGCAAACCCCUCUGGGCCCGCGACAACCCCUCUUCUACCGCCUUUACCAACAACGUCUUGGGUCUGAACAACAUGUGCCUGAUUUCCUACAGACGACUCGGCUGUCCUCUGUCCAUCAUCCUCACAGAGUCGACCAUCCGCACAACGUGUGACCUCACCACCUAUGAGCCGGACUAUGCCGACGAGAUUCCGUUUGAUAGACAAAGCCUCGCCUUCAAGACAAUCAUGCGCGGUACCUGGCUCUUUGACGCUAUAUCGGAACUCAGUUCUACGGCCCCAGAACAUAUAACCCUGAUAGCGAGAAUGUCGAAGGGAAAGCCGAAAUUCGCGCUCUCUGCGACGGGCUCCCUGGGGUCUGUGCGCGUCGAACUGCAUAACAAUGGCGACUCCAUCACGACCGGUGCAGCACAUCCAUCGCGUCCUGGAGCUGUCAGGGAUGCAGAUGAUGUACCGAAACAAGCCAAUCUCCUCGAAACCUUUCAGCUCGGCGAUCCCACGACUCCGCUGCGUGCUGCUUAUAAGUUCAGCCUUAUACAGAAGGCUGCGAAGGCCAUGAGUAUCGCGACCAAGGUCAGCGUGCGGGUUGACACGCAGGGUGUGCUGAGUCUGCAGUUCAUGAUUGAGGUUGGUGGUGGGGAGGCGGGUGGUGGGGGUGGGAAGGUUAGUUUUGUGGAUUUUCGGUUUGUGCCGCUUGUGGAUGAUGAGGGGGAUGGGGAUUAUGAGGAUGAGGAGGAGGGAAAGGAGGGAGGGGAUGACGGUGGGGAAGAGGAAGAAGAGUUGUGACAGAUAAAGGAGAGUCACUGCUCGCAGUCUAAACGUUUGUAGCUGUUGUGAAGUUGAUCCGUUUGUCUUGUCAAAGCCUCCUUGCAGCAUCGCGUUAUUUUUGCACCGGGGGAGAAGAGGCACUUGUUCUUUAGGAAGCGCAGCGCUACUCAGCAUUCCAUGAUAAGGUAGCUAGGUCAGAUGCACCUCGGCUUCAGCCUUGGAAAACAAGUUAUACUAGACAAAUACAGCAGUUUAGCAAACA